AUGACCUCCAAUCCUAUCGCAAAAGUUUUUAAUCUUCAUGAAUGCAAUAAAAAUCAAUUUAAAAAUCCCGGAACCGCUCCCUCAGAGCAAUUCUCUUCCGACUCUUAUCUUACAAUGUUCUUGAAUUUAUAAAAAGUAUUUUUUAAAAUAAAAGCUAGCUUAAAAAACAGAGCAUCUUCAUCACCGCCUCCAUCAUCAUAGACCUGA